UGGAUUUUACACUUUCAUUAUCUUUCUGAUAGCAAAAUCUACGACGAAUUUUCAAUGAUGGUGAUAAAAGUUACGGUCAUAGUGUUAAUUAAUGCAUUUGCAUCAAUGCAUGUGUUAGCGUACAUAGUUAAUGAAAAUUCUGCCAAGAUCCAGUCCCAAGAAGAUGUUGCCGAGCCGAUACAAGCAAUUGAUUUGAAUUCAACACAGCAAUAUGUAGAACAUAAUGGAUGUCCUUGGGUACCAAAAAGAUUCAUAUAUCCAUCUGGAGCAGUGGAAUUACACACGGAAAUCGAACAGUUUUUUGAAUACAUGCAACCAACACGGACAGAGCGUGCAUUACGUGAGAGAGUGGUGGCUCGUAUUAAAUCAGUAUUCUAUCAAUUGUGGCCACAUGCACAACUUAAACUGUUUGGUAGUGUAGUCAUAGGAUUGGCUCUACCAACAAGUGACAUUGAUCUAGUGGGAGUCGGUGUUUCGGUCCCAAAUCGAUUACAGUUGUUAGCCACUCAAAUAUUGGCUAAUAAUGUUGCCGAACCAAAUUCAAUCACAAUUAUAGAUAGUGCCACGGUUCCGAUUAUUAAAUUUGUCGAUCGUGAGAGCAAAAUCAACAUCGAUAUGAAACUCUGUUGUGAUUCGUCUGAGAGACAGGAAGUUUUGAUGAGCGAAUAUAAACAAAAAUAUCCAAAAUUUGUGAAAUUAACACUCGUAUUGAAGCUAUUGAUGAAGGAACGUGGACUCAAUGUUAGAUUCACAGGCGGAAUUACAUCGCAUGCUUUGACUUUAAUGGUCAUUAAUUACUUGCAAACGCAUCCGGAAGACAAUAAUGGUGCUAACUUGGGUGAUUCGCUGUUGGGUUUAUUGGAAUUGUAUGGUCGUAAGUUCAAUUAUACAUCUACUGGCAUAACUACCUUGAAUGGUGGUGCAAUUUUGCCGAGAAACGAAUUGCCCUGUAGAUUGGUUAAAGGCCAAGAACAGUUAUUUUGUAUUCAAGAUGCAAAUAAUCCUUCGUCGAAUGCUGGUUCAGGUACAUAUCGUGCCGCAAAUGUGAUACAAGCAUUUGAUGAUGCUUUUGUUGCAUUAUCAAUGCCCAUUUCUUCCAAUGAAAGAAGAGCACCAAAUUGUACGGAAAACAGCAUCCUCAGUCGUAUCAUUCAUAUCGAUGGUCAUUUCAUCAAGUACCGCAAUUGGAUUCGAAACACAUUCGGUCACAUACUUCUAUCUCAAAAAUAGGUGAACAAUCAUUUAUAAAAAUAAAUUAAUAAAUUGGUUUCAUCAAAUUGGUUUUUCAUAAUUACCAACGAAGGCAUUUUAUAUCUAAUUGUUUGAAUGUGCUGGAAUAUACGUUUUAAUAACGAACAUUUUAAUCUAAUCACUUUAUCUCAAAUAAAAGCUAUGUAAUCCAAGUCACCUUUUAACGUGAGCUGGAAUUUUUUGAAAUAAAUUUUUCGAAUGAAAACAGACUUAUGUCUUUCUUUAAAAUCUGCUAUUACAAAAAAUAAAUAUACCCAGAAGCAAUAAUUAAGGCGGGAUGACGUAACUGACAGAUUAAGUAACUGAAAAAAAAACUAAUUUUCGUGCAUCUUUACAUUACGUGUUUUGUGAAGCAAGUUUCAUAUAAGCAAUAAUUGAACAUAUUUUCUAUGCAUAUAUCGACAAGUGAUCGGUUUCAAUUCAAAAUAUUU